AAACAUCCCCCUCCUCGCAAAAAUCUUUCAUAGACCCAUAAUUUGAUUCUGUAUUUUGUAAUAUGUCAACCGGUGGCACCGCCACCAAUUCAGCCAGCGGUAGUCCCAGAGUGGCCGGCAGCGGACUCACCAUCCACCACCGACGCCCGGUUAUGGAGAACGACCCUGAAAAAUUAUCAGAUCAUAUACAAAUCGGAUUUGAUAAUUACUAUGGUGAUAAUAACAAUAAUGCAAAUAUUAUUAACGCUGGUACCGGAAACCUCCCUUAUCACCACCAUCAUCAUCCUCGUACAAUAGUACGAUAUUUAUUAGCGUGUAAAUGGGUGCCUGAAAGUUUGAUUUUUAGAGUAGAAGAAUGGUUAUUGAGUUUUGGUUCAAUUAUGGCGUGUUUAGGAUCAAGAAAUAAUAUGGGUCGUACGAUUUUGGGGAUAUUGUUGAUUCUGGUGAUGAUUUCUGUAUUUUUUAAGUUUUCAAUCGUUAUGAAUGGUGAUGUAAAUGGGAAUCUGAUGAGUAAAGAUAAUGGCCUUUUUGUUGUUCAGAAUUUUAAGAAUGAUUGGGUUAAUGCUCAAAAAGUUGUUUCUGAAACACAGUCCUCUGUUUCUGUUUCGUCUUCUGGUGGAGUUGCCCGGAAACGCCAGAUGAAGCAGUUGCCGGUACCAGAAAUAUGGAUGAAGCCACCUAGUGAUACUUACUACAAAUGCAUUGCUCGGCCUAGGGAUCGAAUAAGAACUGGAUCAUUGACUAAUGGAUAUGUCUUGGUUCAUGCCAACGGAGGAUUAAACCAGAUGAGAACAGGGAUAUGUGAUAUGGUGGCUAUUGCAAAAAUUUUGAAUGCCACUUUGGUUCUUCCUUCUCUUGAUCAUGAAUCCUUUUGGACAGAUCCCAGUGAUUUUAAAGAUAUUUUUGACUGGAGACGCUUCAUUGACGUUUUAAAAGAUGAUAUUGAGAUUGUUGAAUCUUUGCCACCAAAAUAUGCAGCUGUGUCCCCUAUUCAGAAGGCACCGGUCUCUUGGUCAAAGGCUAGUUACUAUAGAGGAGAGGUUCUUCCUUUACUAAAGAAGCACAAGGUGAUACAAUUUACGCAUACAGAUUCAAGGCUUGCUAACAAUGGCUUGGCAUCCUCUAUUCAGAGGCUUCGCUGUCGAGCAAAUUAUGAGGCUCUACGGUACACAAAUGAGAUCGAGGAGCUUGGAAAGAGGUUGGUGGAUAGACUUAGAGACAAUGGCAGACCGUACAUUGCUCUCCACUUAAGAUAUGAAAAAGACAUGUUAGCCUUUACUGGCUGCAGCAACAAUUUAACUGCUCCAGAGGCUGAAGAACUUCGUUAUAUGAGGUAUCAAGUGAAACACUGGAAAGAGAAAGAGAUAGACGGCAAUGAGAAACGACUACAAGGGGGCUGCCCUAUGUCGCCUAGGGAGGCUGCCUUGUUUCUUAAAGCAAUGGGCUAUCCCUCCACGACCAGGAUAUAUAUUGUCGCUGGGGAAAUUUAUGGCAACAACAGCAUGGAUGCAUUUCGAAAUGAGUAUCCUAAUGUUUUCUCUCACUCAACUCUUACAAUAACGGAAGAACUACAGACUUUCAGGCAUUAUCAAAACCGUCUUGCUGCCUUAGAUUAUCUCGUAGCCCUUGAAAGUGAUGUCUUUGUUUACACAUAUGAUGGCAAUAUGGCAAAGGCUGUGCAAGGGCAUAGAAGGUUUGAAGGAUUUCAAAAGACAAUUAGCCCCGACAGACUGAAUGUUGUAAGAUUGAUUGAUUUGUUGGAUAAGGGUGCGAUCACUCAAGAAGAGUUUACUUCCGAGGUCAAGGUUUUACAUUCCAACAGAUUAGGAGCUCCUUACUCUAGAGAAGCGGGAGAAUCUCCAAGAUUAGAAGAGAACUUUUAUGCAAAUCCUUUUCCAGGUUGUAUUUGUGAUAGAUCUUUGAUGGUAGCGAACAAACAUCAAAUUAACAAGAGACCGAGUUUGAAUGCUGCUGCACAAAGAUAAGGAUUUAUCUCAACUUGGUAACUGGUUGUAGAUUAGACAAAUAUUAGUAUUUGAUCUACAGUAUUAGGCAGCAAGCAGAAUCAAAGAGGACUUACGCCAUAUGAAUUACGUUGAUGAACAAAUCUUAAAGAAGCGAGCAACUUCUGAAGCAGAGAUGGUGGCUAAUGUGAAA